GAUAUUUGCUAGUAUACCAUUAACUCCCCAACUUACCAAGGUCUACACCGUAAGCUACAUCAGGAAGCUGAGGGUGUGAGAAGACAGUUGACGUUCAGAACACCGUGGAGCAGGCUUCCAUAUCCGACAAUAUGGAAAUCUGAAGUUGUCGGCGCCUAUUUAAAUGGAGGAGAAUGUUGACGUGAAGGCCCUGAUGGCCAGGUUCCGCCAAACAGGGAUGAUGGCAACAGGAGGAGGAGGUGGUUCCCCAAGACUCCCACCUCCCAUCCUCGAGAGAGGUGUCCAUUCACCGGUGGACCCUGGGGCUAAUGGAAGUGUCAGACCCAGGUUCUCUGUUCCCCUCAACAAACCAAACCCAGGACCUAUUUCUCCCUCAAACGGGCCAAGGUUUGGCCAGGCGCCGCGUGGCGUGUUCCCCAGGCCCCCGCCUAGCCAUCGUCCCAACCACCAGGAGCCCGUCAGAACCCCCAUUGCGGAGGCAGACAAACCAGGAUCCUUCAGAAACUCCACGGAGAAGCUGGUAAGACCAAUGCCAAAACCACACGGUUCCCCAGGCGGCAGAGGUCCCCAGACCAUCCACACGCCGCCCCUGCUCUCACAGAGGAGUAUGUCGACCGAGGUGCCACCCCUCUUACGGCCACUACCUACUGUGGGGUCCAGACCUAAAAAGCCCAAGCGUCCCCCCUUUGUGAACUUGGAACAAUUCCGAAGGAAUUCUGGCACACCUAAGCCCACUGCCCGGCUGUCUGGGAGAACAUUAGGGGAUAGCAACAGUCCGACAACAUCUGGAGCAGCUGGUGUUAAAAUGCCUCCACUACUCCCAAAUAGGCCUAAAAAUAUGACAGUGCCUGUUCCAAAGCAAGACAUGGAUGAUGACCAAGACACAUAUGAUGAUAUUGAAGCCUUUCCUCCCCCUCCACCACCUCCAUCAACACAGACCGAAGAGGGCUUCAGUCCUUCUUCAUCUAGACCAGCUGGUAUAAGCAGCCCCCCCUUCAUGCCUAGUAAGCCAAGCAGCAUGACAAACUCUUUGUCAGUCCAAGACCUGGAUGAUGACCAGGACACAUAUGAUGACAUUGAGGCACUUCCUCCCCCUCCGCCCCCUCCACCUACGAGUCAAGACUCCUGGAAUGAUCAGCAUUCAAGUCGAGCAGAGGAGUGGGAUGACAGUGAUGAAAGUGAAAUCUAUGAAGAAGUCGACAGCCAGGACAGCAUCCCGUUGCCAACUGACACAGGCAAGCAUUCAAAGAAAGACAUGAAACGACAAAAAGAACAGGAGAAGAAAGAGCAGAGGGAGAGAGAGAAGAAAGAGAUCGCAUACAGAAAGAAAUUUAAGCUGACUGGAAAUGAGACGGCUCUGCAUAUAGCCCGCGUCAGGGAAGACUGGCAAGGGGGGAAGAAUGAUCUGAGUGUGCAGCAGGGGGAAAGUGUGGAGAUCAUCCGCACCGAGAACAACCCAGAGGGCAGAUGGCUUGCCCGCACCAUUGAUGGCAGAUAUGGCUACAUUAGCACCAAAUGUGUGGAUAUGGACUAUGAGGAGGUGAAACGGCGCUUUGGUAGCCUUGCUAGACCCAGACCUGAUCCUGGUGUCUAUGAUGACGUGAACAGCAUGGAAGGCUAUGGAUGUGAGGAUUUCCCACCACCUCCUGUAGAAAUAAGCCCAGAUCCAAAAAUGUUAAAGAAAAUGGAAAGUAAGGAGAAAGAAUUCAGGAAAAAAUUCAAGUUUGAAGGGUCAAUACAAGUACUUAGGUGCAUGAGGGUGGAUCCCAAUGCGAACAUCAAGAAAGCUGGUGGAAAAGACUUAAACGUGGUUCGAGGAGAUCUUCUGGACGUCAUUCAGUUUAUUGGUGAUAAAAAAGCACUGUGUCGAAACGGACAGGGAAAAUAUGGAUAUGUACCCAUGGCCUACCUGCUGCCAGAAGAAGGGGAAAUAUAUGAUGACAUAGAUUACCCAGGAGAUGUCUACGACAACGAUAGCAACAUGUGACGAUGAAGUCAGUGCCAGACAGCAGUACUGAAAAUGAAAUGGAUCAUCAUAGUAGACAUUGAACAUUUUGGAUUUCAUUUCAAGGGUGGAAACUACUUUGUGUUUGUUUGUUUUUUUUUAUUCCUGAGAUU